GCAGGAGUCAGGGAUCUCCCCCAUGGAAAAGAGGUUUAAGGGAAAACGUUGUUGUUAGUUUGCUCCAUAAAGAAACAACCUUUUGGUUUAAAUUUAGUAUGUGGAGCAUUCUCCCACCCAUACCUACUUCCUCCUUUGCCUGACUUGCCAGUCUCCAGGUGGUGGCUGGAGAUUACGUUUCAUCUCCGAGCAACAGAGAUCAUUUCCCUUGAAGGAAAUGGCUGCUAUGGAGGGCAGACUCUAUGGAAUCAGGUCCCAGGGAGCUCUAUCCCAAAAUUCCAUCUUCCCCGGGUUCCACCGUUAACGUCUCUAGGAAUUUCCCGAGCCAGACCUGGGAGCAGCAAUAUCAACUGCUUAUCUAAACAUUUGUUAAAGUCAGUUAUUGAAAACCUCCCCACCUCCCCAGACUACUGGGUAUAUUACCUCCUGCUCUCCCCAGAAGAAUUUUUUAGGAAGCAGAUUAUUUCAUACUGCCUGUGAGUGUUGCAGUCAUCUUUUGACAACUUCUUCAUACACCUUGGGGCAAGACUCUGCUGGCCAAAGCAUCGGCACCCAUCAUGGUGGACAUUCCUCCUUCUCUCAGUACUGAUCCACAUUUCUCACUGAGCCACAGGCCCGAGAAUGGCUCUGAGGGAUCAGAACCACCCCUAUCCCUGGGAGACUGGAGCGACAGUGAGAAGGAGCCGGACUCUGGUGGAAGCUCUCCAGGCCGCUCUAGGAAGACCUCCUUUCUCUGUGUCCCCUCCCAAAACAAGAAUGUCACCACCCAGGCUGCAAAAGAGAAGAUGGCCAAAGUGCAUCUCUUCUGGCUAUCCCGCUGCAAAGCCCAGCCAUGUCAGAAGCCGGAGUCUGAGUCCCACAAGGCAGAGACACUUGUGGCGAAUUCGGGAGAAGCAGGGCCUUCUCAGGGGAGGCAACUUCCGUUGCAGGCUGCCCCUGAGAAGGAGUUCAUGGAGAAGCAUCAGGAGGCAGAGGAGAAACAGGAAAGCCCAGAGGACAUUGUGCAGCUGAUAGAUGAGCAUGGCGUCUAUUCCUGUGCCAAGCUGGUCCCUACCCCAGAACCAGAACGCCUUUCUCCCUACCCACAGCAGCUUUUGGAGCGCAGCAGCCAGGUGGGGGAGGACUUUGAGAUCCGGGAGGUGAUUGUGGACGAGAAGCCAUUCCAGUGUGCUGUCUGUGCCAAGGCCUUCAAACGGGCCUGGGAGCUCUUCAGCCAUGAGGUGGUCCACAAUGAGGAACGCCCAUUCCGUUGCCAGCUAUGCCAGGCCUCAUUCAAACGACACUCUGACUACAAGAGCCAUGCUCUUGUGCACACAGAAGAGCGGCCUCAUCGCUGUGAGCUGUGUGGGAAGCGUUUCAAGCGAGCCUCCAACCUAGCGGAGCACCGCCGCAUUCACUCGGGCGAGCGGCCCCACCGCUGUGCUGCCUGCGCCAAACGUUUCAAGACGCCCUAUGAGUUGCAGCGGCAUGCACUCACGCACUGUUCUGAGCGCCCCUUUGCCUGUGUGGCUUGCGGGAAGGGUUUUGCAGCAGCAGGGGCCCUCCUCUUGCACCAGCGGCAGCACUGUGACGACAAGCCCCACGUCUGUGGCGUGUGCGGCAAGCGUUUCGCUUACGGACACAGCCUGCGGGUCCAUGAACGGGUGCACACGGGUGACCGACCCUUUUCCUGUGCCCUCUGUGGCAAAGCUUUCAAGCAGUCCAAUGCCUUGGCCUCGCAUGAGCGUGUACACACUGGAGAGAGGCCCUUUGCCUGUCCGACUUGCGGCAAAGCUUUCAAGCAGUCGUCAUACUUGGCGAUCCAUGCACGCUCACACACCGGUGAGCGCCCCUAUGCCUGUGGAGCAUGCGGCAAAGCCUUCACCCGGCCCUCACUCCUCCUGCAGCAUCAGCGGGUCCACAGCACCGAGCGGCCCCACCGAUGCCAGCACUGUGGCAAGCUUUUCAAAGACCUGGCCUACCUGGCCGUGCAUGAGAAGGUACACACAGGCGAGACCCCCUACAAGUGCCUAGUCUGUCAGAAGGGCUUUGCACACCCAUCAAACCUGCUGCAGCACCAGCGGAUACACCGGGACAGAUAGAAAGACUGACUUGUGUGCCAGUUUCUCUGUAUUAACAGAACUGCGAUUGUGCACUUCUCUCACGUGGUCCAGCGUGUGUGCUGUGAUGGGCAGGAAGUGUCCUUUGCGCACCCACCAAACCGUGGGUAUACAUUGCCUGCAAAUGCACUAUGCUUUGUUCAUCCCCUUUUUUAGCUCCACACUAGCCUGAGCUCUGUAAUAAAAGUUGCUCAAAGGGACUUGAGUGACAGAGCUCUGUGUCAUUAUCACAUCUUGUUCACAGCAGAACUCAGUAUUCUGAAUAUUUUUCAGGAUUUUUUGGAAGGAGGUCUUUUACUAGUCCUAAGUUUCUAGCCCUUAUGAUUUUGGGGAUAGCUUGAAAACCAUGCCUAAUAAAAUGUCACAAACCACAGCAUGAACAACAGUCCGACAGGUCAGAGGGCAGAAGCUUCAGCAAUCUGUGUAACUUUGUCCUUGAUGGCUAGUACAAGCAAACAUGCAGAUGGACUUAAUUUGCAUUUGCCAAUUUUUCAAAGCUUCACCAUCAUUGUGUCAACAUUGUCCUCUUGUAUAUUGCUGCUUACAGAAGUUUCAAGUAAAUCAAUCUGAGGGUUCUUUUUAUGGGUUUUUGGCUAGAGAUUGACAGUGCCAACCUAAGCAAAUUUAUAUUCUUUUAAAUCCAUUGACACCACUGGGCUUAGAAGAGUGUAACUGUGCUUAGCACAGCACAGUAAAUCUUCCCCAAGGCUUUCCCAGGAUGUGAUGAAAGUGCAGAAAUUAGUGCUAGGAGUACUGCUUUUAUCUACCAGUAUUAACACACCUGUGUGCCCUGGAUAAUGUCCUUCUGCCCUGGAUAAUGAGAUCCUGGCCUUCGUAGCUCACAGAGAAUGUCAACAAUUCACAGCUGCUUUUACCCACCCACCCUUGGCUCAGCCAUUAAAAUACAGGAGAGGAUUUGCAAUGGGUCAGCAUUGAAGAAAUAAACAUGAAGGUAUGUCAUUGACUGGUGUCGAGGUCAAGGCAGUCAGA